UGACGCCACAUGUAUUAGAAAUAACAAAUGAACGUAAAUGUUGUAAUCUCUGACGCGUGUGUUUGUUGAUAGGCGAGCGGAGGCCCGUGCCCGUGCUGGUGUGGAUCUACGGCGGCGGCUACAUGAGCGGCACCUCCACGCUGGACGUGUACAACGCCGACAUGGUGGCCGCGACGAGCGACGUGAUCGUGGCCUCGAUGCAGUACCGGGUGGGCGCCUUCGGCUUCCUCUUCCUGCCGCCGGGCGCGCGGCCCGACCCGGAGGACGCCGCGGGCAACAUGGGGCUGUGGGACCAGGCGCUCGCCAUCCGCUGGAUCAAGGACAACAUCGCGGCCUUCGGCGGCGACCCGGACCUCAUCUCGCUCUUCGGCGAGAGCGCGGGCGCGGGGUCGGUGAGCCUGCACCUGCUGUCGCCCAUCACCCGCGGCCUCGCUCGGCGCGGCAUCCUCCAGUCGGGCACCCUCAACGCGCCCUGGUCCUUCAUGACGGGCGAGAAGGCCGGCGAGGUCGCCCGGAAGCUCAUCGACGACGUGGGCUGCAACGCCACCAAGCUGCCCGACGCCCCGCUCAAGGUCAUGUCAUGCAUGCGCCAGGUCGACGCCAAGAUCCUGUCGACGCAGCAGUGGAACUCGUACUGGGGCAUCCUCGGCUUCCCGUCGGCGCCCACCAUCGACGGCGUCUUCCUGCCCAAGCACCCGCUCGACCUGCUGCGCGAGGCCGAGUUCGACCAGGACACCGAGAUCAUGAUCGGCUCCAACCAGGACGAGGGCACCUACUUUAUCCUGUACGACUUCAUGGAAUCGUUUGACAAGGACGGGCCCAGCUUCCUCGCCCGUGACAAGUUCAUCGAGAUCGUCAACACCAUCUUCAAGAACAUGAACCGCCUGGAGCGAGAGGCCAUCAUCUUCGAGCGCACGAGCACGAACCUCUGGGCUGACUGGAUGGGCGUGAUCCACGGCUCGGAGAUUGAGUACGUCUUUGGGCUACCGCUCAACAUGAGCCUGCAGUACAACGCACGCGAGCGGGACCUCAGCCUGCGCAUCACCCAGGCCUACGCCCGCUUCGCACUCACCGGCAAACCCGUGAUGGACGACGUGUACUGGCCGACGUAUUCGCGCGAGAAGCAGGAGUACUUCAUCUUCAACGCCGAGACGAGCGGCGUGGGCAAGGGGCCCCGAGCCAAGGCCUGCGCCUUCUGGAACGACUUCCUGCCGCGACUAAGGAACACCUCAGCCGGUGACUCUUGCGACGGGGAGUCUCCGACGGCGAUCGCCAACAACUCCUCGACGGGUGUGCUGAACGGCGGCGGCCCGCAGGUGCGCGGGGCGCGCUGGGCGGCCGAGCUGGCGGCGCUGGCGCUGCUGGCGCUGCUGCAGCUGUAGGCGAGCCCGUGCAAGGGCCCCGGGGAGGGCCCCAGGACGACGACGACGACGACGACGACACGCGACGGGCGCGGCGGGCAGGCCCGGCAGGGCGGCCACCAGGCCCCAUAGGGCGCCGCCGCGCAGCUCCGCGCCACCCCAGGGCGUAGCACAACCCGCCGUACUCGACUCUGUAUUGAAAUGCCCAGGCCCCGGGCAGCGCGGCGGCCGCGGGCCGGCCUCGACCGCCUGCCCGGCGGACUCCUGUGCGUGGGCCUUUGUAAAUGCGUCGACUCGCAAAACGCGGCCCGCGCUCUCUUUUUAUACGUCACAAAUUUUAAGUGUUUGUUAAGCAAAAAAAAAAAAAAGUAAUUGAUGUGUCUGUCAUCUCUCUCACACUCUGUUGUCUGCCGGCCUGUUUUUCUCUCUUUGCCGCCGCCGCGUCCUCUAGCGGCACGCUCCCUACGUACUGCCUGUCUUUGUUAUUAGCGAAAUCUGUGUCGCUUCGUCGGUAGGCAGACAACACGUAUUGUAUCUUAUGUUUAGUGAAGCUGGCUUCGGUCGCACCUCGCUGAGGCGGCAGGGCUGCUGAGCGUGGCAGUGAUUACAACCCCUUUCGACUGACUCUACCUCUCGUGGCCACCUAGACCUCAUUUCGAUGCCUCACUCGCUGUUACGAGUUUACAAACCGAUGUUUUUGCUGUCCAAAAUAAUCGCCCACCCUUCCCUGUGUUGCCCGGCGACGUCGCUGCUCGGGCAGCCCUCGGACAGAACAGUGCUCGGCUCAGGGACUGCUGGUCGAGGCUCUACCCGCCGGUCGAUGCCGUCGGCCAACUGAACACUAGAGUGCCUAUGUCUUUGGGUCCUAGUGUAUUUCCAUUUACUCCGCCAAAAACAAAGUAAACUGCCACAUAGAUCCGCCUUCUAGAACUGCAGCCGAGGCGAGGUACGAUUGGUGCCAUCUUAGAAGGCUGUGGGAUGUUUUGUACUCUUAUACUUGUCAUGUUUUCUUGUCUCAUUAUUUCGCGGGGGGUCGGGCACCGCUGGCCCGUCAUCUUAGAGCGCGGCAAGUGUGGGAAGUGUUUCAACGGGAUCCUGGGUGGCUUCAAGCUCACCGGGCAGGCAGCCAGCCGGGCCCGACCCCCAAUCCGAUCUGGCCGGAAAGCAAAGAAGGCUGGAAAUGCCCAGGAAUAAUUACGCUGGUCUGAUUUCCGCUCAAGGAAAAUGAAAGUGUCGAUGUCGAUGCGCCAGGGCGGGUAUCGAUUUGUUGUACAGACCAAGUGGUACGGCACACCUUUCUGCUGUCGCCCUGCUCGCUUUUCCGGGACCCUCUGAUGAUUGGCAUGCUGGAGAGAAAGUGUGUCCAAGUAAUACGCUCUAGUUUUUAAGCAUAGUGUCUACCCUGUUCGCACAAGCAAGGGAUCAAACUAAACGUCAAGACAGCCGCCUGUGUACCGCGCUCCCGGCCAGGUGAAAAGGAAACGGAAACUCUACGAUGCCACGACAUACGAACCCCGUAUAUACCCGUUGUGUGCCUGUCGCGCCGCGCGCUCGCGCGCAUGCCGACAGGGCUACCAACCAUGAAAUUAAUGACUGUGCCUAUAAACUGUUCGCCUCAUCGCCUCUCUCCUGUGGUGCAUUGCGGUUGGCGACCCCGCCGGAAGAAGACAGUGCAAGUGUCAUGCGAGCCGUGACCUCACACUCGUAACUAAUUAUUGUGAUAUAAGGUUUACUCGCGCACUGCUUGUGUAGACAAAACACUAACCCGCUACGGACAGGAUGUGCGUACCAUUUGCUGUUCCUCCUCUUCCUUCGUAGUUUUCCUGUACGUGUGCUGGAUGUCAUUGGCAAAACAUAUCAUUUUUGCGAUACAUAUCAAGAAAAGUUAAGUGCGACUUAAAUUAUAUGCGUCUUAUAUGAGGUUAUAUUCUGUAUUAUAUUUGUACCAUAGCACAGUCUCCUUUAGUAAUUGUAAAGGGCCAAGAUGGGAAUACUUAAGUUACAACCGACAUUUUUUCUGAACGAUGGGUUGAAAAGUCGGGCAUUAAUCUGAGGGAGGGGGGCGGGGGGACUUCCAACAAGCUGACUUUCAUUCUGAUUAGUCGACAUGACUGGAAAAUGAGUGGCAUUAAAAGUAGGUCUAUUGCUCUAGAGACUCAAUGAACAUAUCAUUUUUUUAAAACAUAGGAUUUUACGUUGUAUUGACACUUUUUGUGAGGUGGCCACACUCUUUGAUCUCUUUGCUCUGGUCUUCGGCCCGGUGAGCCUACCUCUUCCCUGUAGAGAAUAUAAAAGCCUACGUGACGGUCUAAGCCGUUCCUUUGCGCUACAUAUGUAUAAAAGAUACAUAUCAAAGUCAAUACAUAUCAUAUUUCAUGGGCAAGAUACCUAUAGCUGUACUAUUGUACAAGUCACUUUCUCAGAUGUGAUCAUCACUGCGAUUUUUGUCGAGGUAUUUCCUUGUUAGAAUUAGGGAAGCGUGUGUGUGUGUGUUAGUUGGUGACCGUUUGUGCUUCAGUGUGUCCGAGUCCCGAUCCACGUAGCUCUACGGAGGGCGGGGGAGGGAGAGGGGGCAGUCGAUAGCGAGUGGGGAGGAAACCUUUCGUGAUACAGUGUCAAAAUGUGAAAAGAAAAAAAAAGAAAGAUAGAAAAUAUGUUACUUGCCGGGAAACCUGCGUGCUUUGCUAGAGUCCCUCUUUUCGAGGCAGCACAUGUUAAUAUUUUGGGGGUGAAUACAUUACCCCUCGGUUUGUCGGUUUGUCGAUCAGAGAACGUGUGGCGGCGGCGCCACGCCCGUAUCCGUGGGGAGUUAAGUGGGACCAAACUUGACGAAAGUGGGUGAAAACUGGGCGAAGGAAGGUUUUUUUAUCACUCAGAAUCAAUGAAUACUAUCAUCAAGAAUCAGCCCAAUAUAAUAAAAGGGUUGGACACUGACCGUGGCCACGACCCCCUCCCCUCUUAACGCUCGGUUUUGCACGUCACUCUGUCGACUGUCAGUCGUUCGUUUAAGUGACAGUUUCAAAAGUGAGUUUUUUGGUCUUUUUUUCUUUUUUUGUUUUGUUUUUUGUUUUUGUUUUUUUGCACCCCUUUCCGCCUCUGAGCUAUGUGGAUCGGGCCCCGGGCAGCCUGCCUCGCCUUGUAGUCUCUUACAUGACGAAGCUUUCUCUGGUCUGGGCGUGAGCGUUGCGUAAUGGUAUAGACUUUAGGCCUAGUACAGUGCUCAGUAUAGACAAUCUUGUACCUGUAGGCCCCCGUAGCCUUAACGACCCACGCGUCCCAACCCAGCCCAGCCCCUGCAAAAAAACCCUUAAUUUUGGGGUAAACAUCAAAAUUCCCACGAAUUUCUCAUGCCCGAUAUACGUGGUCGUUCCUAACUUUAAUUUGUGUUCAACCUACACUUAUGGACAUUUAUGUACCUCAUCGUCAGGCGUAGGAUCAUUAAACACCCAAGACGACGGCUCAAUGCGAACUUUAAAAACAAUAAUCGCGAAGGGACUAAUGAAAGACCACGUUUCCACAACUGGCCUAAAUUGACGUGAUUGAUUUCGCAAUAUUUCAACAAUCCAUAAUAACGAUCUGCGGGUGUGUAUGACAGAAAUUCCUCCAUUAUAUAUUUUUUCUAUUUUUCGAGUUACCAAAUCCCUUUGAGAGAUACCAAAACUCUUUGAGAGGUAACGCCCCGCAGUGCGUGCCGCGGGUUCCGUGGGGCUGGGCGCGAGGCGCUUGGGCACGUAGAACAUGGGGGCGCCCUAGUACCUCGUGUAUGGGUGCGAUAACACCUAUAUGCGUCUUUAUUUCAAAGGCAAGAUAUUGUGAAUCUGAAAUACUAUUUUUCAACUUUUGCACUCGUAAUGAUUAUAAUUGAAUUAAUUGAAUGUAGAUGGAGAUGAUUUUCUUUGCUUUGUACACUUUUUAUGGUGAAAUUAUUAUUGAUGGAUCAAUAGGUAACGUUAUCUUUUCAGCAAGCAGAGACACUGUCCUACGCGUAGAGUGACAACACUGUUUUAUACCUGUCAAUGUCUUAUAUGAAUUGUCAUGCAGCGUCUAUAAUUUUACAAUCAUACGAUUGGCUAGUUUCACUAUUUUAUCCCAUUAAAUGAAAGGAGCGUUUCCUCUGCUGCCUCGCUUCAAGAGACGCUUCACGACGAAGACAAAAGCUAGCAGUGCAAUAAAUUUAGAAUAAACUUCAUGUCAAAAAUGAGCAAAAUGUGCUUCGUGUGUUCAGUCUGUAUACCAAAUACCUAUCGUUUGUGCUUUAAUGUGAAAAAAAGAAACUUACAUAUCAUGAAAUACAUAUCAAUUGUAUAGUGGCCUAAAUAGAA